AAUAUAAAUUGGGGUGUUGGUGGGGGAAAGUUACUCAAGACAGAAAAAGUUUGAACCAAACACGAGGGACUGGAGGUGCAGACCGUCUACGCAGGACAAAAACAUAAAUAACAGGAGGAAGGAACAUUGAAGACGAUCGAGCAAGCCCCACAAUCAAGAUGGGAGACCCAAUCCAGUUAAAAGACGAGGGAAACAAACACUUCCAGGCGGGAGAAACUGACGAGGCCAUUGACUGCUACUCUAAAGCCAUCAAGGUGUGCAAGGACAAAAAGGUGCUCGCCGUCAUCCACAGGAACAGAUCAGCAUGCUAUCUAAAAAAGGAAAACUAUGUUAAUGCAGCAUCUGAUGCGUCCAAAGCAAUCGAUGUUGAUGCAGCAGACAUCAAAGCUUUGUACCGGCGAUGUCAAGCUCUGGAGAAGCUAGGAAAACUAGAUAUGGCUUUCAAAGAUGUGCAGAGAUGCGCCACUCUCGAACCAAAGAACAAGACCUUUCUGGAGACUCUUCGUAGGCUGGGGGCAGAGAUCCAGUCCAAGCUAAAAUCAACAUUCUCCACAGAUUCGAGAGUACAGAACAUGUUUGACAUUCUCCUCGAUGAAGAGAUGGAAAAAGACAAGAGGGAAAAGGCCGCCAACAACCUGAUUGUGCUGUCGAGAGAAGACGCAGGAGCAGAGAGAAUCUUCCAGAACAACGGGGUUCCUCUGCUGGUCAACAUGAUAGAGACAGGCAAACCCGAGAUGAUCCUGGCUGCUGUUCGUACUUUGUCAGGAAUGUGCACAGGACACAAGGCUCGGGCCAUGGCCAUUGUGCACAUGGUGGGUGUGGAUAAGAUGUGCAGCAUCAUGGCUGUCGACAAUGAGGAGAUCGCACUGGCAACCUGCAACUUCUUCCAGUGCGUUAAUGACUCGCUCACUGGUGGAGAUGCAAGGGAAUAUGGGAAAGAAGAGGCCUUGGUUUUGGAUACAUCUAAAGACCUGAAGACCAUUCUUCUCUCGCUGCUGGAGAUGGUUGCUAGUAAGAAGGUGUCUGGCCAUGGCAGAGACCAGGCGCUGAACCUCCUGACCAAGAAUGUACCACGCAGACAUAAAAACGAGAACAACACCAGAGCCCUCUUCACCAUUGAUCACGGUCUGAAGAAGAUCCUUAAAGUGUGCGGCCAGAUAUCUGAACUGCCAGACCAGCUGCCAAUGACAGAGAACACACAGCUGAUUGCCAGCAUGUGUCUCAACAAGCUCUAUGACGACCUCAAAUGUGAUCCAGAGAGAAACAACUUCCGAGACAUUUGUGAUGACUAUGUCAAAUCAAAAAUUGACCCCAACAACAUGGACAAGACCAUUCAUGCCAUCAACACCAUCUCAGGGCUGCUGCAGGGCCCCUUUGAUGUUGGCAACGCCCUAGUCGGACGGCAAGGUAUCAUGGAGAUGAUGGUGGCACUGUGUGGCUCCGAACGCGAGGUGGACCAAAUGGUCGCUGUGGAGGCGCUGAUCCACGCCUCCUCAAAGAUGAGCCGUGCCUCCUUCAUUAUCACCAAUGGUGUGUCACUGCUCAAGGAUAUUUACAAGAAGACCAAGAAUGAAAGGAUCAAAAUACGUUCACUGGUGGGUCUCUGUAAACUGGGUUCAGCUGGAGGAGAUGAUUACAGUUUAAGGCAGUUUGCUGAGGGCUCCACAGAGAAGCUGGCCAAGCAGUGCAGGAAGUGGCUCUGUAAUCCCCAGAUUGAUACCAAAACAAGAAAGUGGGCUAUCGAGGGUCUCGCUUAUCUGACUAAUGAUGCUGACGUGAAAGAUGACUUUGUGGAGGAUGAGCCUGCCUUGAAAGCCAUGUUUGAACUGGCCAAGUCUAAGGACAAGACAAUCUUAUAUUCAGUGGCUUGCACAUUGAUUAACUGCGCAAACUGCUAUGAUAAGAAGGAAAUCCUCCCCGAGCUGAUCCAGCUUGCCAAGUUCUCGAAGCAACAUGUGCCUGAGCAACACCCUAAGGAUAAGAAAGACUUUAUCGAGAAGAGAGUGAAAAGGCUGCUGAAGGCUGGUGUCACGUCAGCUCUUGCAGUCAUGGUAAAAGCCGACAACGCCAUCCUGACCGACCAGACCAAGGAGAUGUUGGCAAGGGUUUUCCUGGCAUUAUCAGAGGAUCCCAGAGAUCGUGGUAUUAUUGUAGCCCAAGGUGGUGGUAAGGCUUUGAUACCACUUGCUCUGGAAGGGACUGAUCUGGGAAAGGUGAAGGCCAGUCACGCCCUCGCCAAGAUUGCAGCCAUUUCCAACCCAGAAAUCGCCUUCCCCGGUGAACGGGUGUAUGAGGUGGUGCGGCCGUUAGUUAGCCUCCUUCACACAGACAGAGAUGGGCUGCAGAACUUUGAAGCUUUGAAAGGCCUCACCAACUUGGCUGGUUACAGUGAGAAACUAAGAGUGAAGAUUGUGAAAGAGAAAGCUCUGCCAGAGAUCGAGAAUCACAUGUUUGAGGAGAAUGACCAGAUCAGACAGGCUGCCACCGAAUGCAUGUGCAACCUUGUGACAUGUAAACAGGUCCAGGAGCGUUACAUGGAGGAUGGCAAUGAUAAGCUGAAGCUGCUUGUGCUGCUCAGUGGCGAGGAUGAUGACAAUCUUCAGAUAGCUGCAGCUGGAGCUCUGGCCAUGAUCACUGCUUCUCAAAAGAAGCUUUGCACCAAACUGACCUGUGUGACCACCCAGUGGCUUGAGAUCAUGCAGAGGUUAUGUCUCCAUACAAACCCCAAGAUCCAGCACCGUGGCCUCGUGAUUGUCUACAACAUGCUCAACUCCGAGGACAGUGAGCUGGCCAAGAAGCUGAUCGAGAGUGAGUUACUGGAAAUCCUCUCAGUGAUCGGCAAGGCGGAAGACAACCCCAAGAGGCAGGAACCCAUCGAUGCAGCGCGCACAUGCCUGGUCAAAGCCUUGGAGCUGGGUCUCAUCAAACCCUUCACGAGCCCUUCUUAAAAUGUUGGCAACAACUGAAACAGCAGCUAUGGACCUUUUUCUUUAUUCCCUCUGUUAGAUAGAGACAUUUUUCAAAAUGCUUUUUCCACCUCAAAGAUAUUAAAGGAUUCAACAUACCGCCUCCCAAUCUCUAAACAUAUUCUGUCACAAUAUCAGAAGAAGCAUCCAUCCAUCUAUCUGUCUGUAUUUGAUAUGAAAAAAUUUUUUUUGAUUCAGCGGUUUGUUCAAAUGCAGAAGAGAGACUGAAACUGAAAAUAUGUUCUCCAAAUAGAAUGUCCCAAAUCAGAAAAGUAAUUUGAGGGUGAUAAAUAAACAAAAACCUCCUUAUA